AUGCCAACAGAUCAGCUGAAUUGCGGUUAUCCUAUAGAGAACGACAAUGAAGACAAUAAGGGAUCAAUCAGCGCGGGGACAUCUUCAUUUUCGUUAGAUAUAACUGCCAGAGGGCGACCAUUGAUCAUUUUCAAAGGAUAUGAACAUCGUCAAGUUCGAGUGGAUCGAGCGCGUAAUUUGAAAGCUUAUCGUUGUAUCAAGAAGAAAUGUAAAGGACGUCUGCAUACCGAUUAUAAUGAUACGAAUGUGAGAAUUGUUAGCGAACAUGUUCAUGAACCAAAUUUCGAUGCCGAAUUUAAGCGACGAAGACGUACUCUACUUCGAGAAUUGGCUCAGAAGGGUAAUGUUUCACCAUCUCAGAUAAUUCAAAAAGCUCGGGAUCUCGAAAUGCAAUAUCAUGAUGUUUGUGAGGCUACGAAAACGAGUUAUGCUGCUGAAAGACGAUACAUUCAGCGUUACUGGAAUCGGCAAAAGCAGCAGGAAUUUUCCAGUGGAAACGGAUUAUUACCAAUAAAACAUCAGAUAAUGGACUGUAACAGUCAUUUGAAAAUAGAACAAGAAGAAAAUGAUAGAGGUGUAGGAGAGGAAUCAGUUGACAUACCUUCUUUGUUCCGAGGAGAUUCUAUUCAGAUAUCCGAGCAAUUCAAUCAGUUUUUACAAAUGACCACUAAUGGUUCAGCUAAUGGCAGUAGUGCUUCAGCUAUGAACGUUUAUCUAAAUUUACUACUGCAACAGAUGCUUUCAAAUGCAGUCGGAAAUAGCUCGAACAACAACCCGCAGGAAGCAGAUGAUUACUGCUCAUCAAAUUCUUCACAUCAGGAUCAGUUUUCAUCACUGAGCGUAAAACAUACAUUGGUUGAUGCGGGAAUUCAGACAACUAAUGACGAAUCCGGAAUUCGUGCAGCUGUUCAUGAUGCAGCGGUACGUGAUACAUUAGCUUUAGAGCUAGGAACCAUCCUGGCAAAGAAGUUCUGGCCUCAGCAUUAUUUGCGCGAAGACAAACUGAAACUUAUGGUUGAUGUUAUUGGUAAGUUGCUCGGUUGCUGUUAG